UCAUAUUUAAUAUUUAAUAUUGAAUCGAAAAAAAAUACAUACCGCUAUGAGUGCAAGGCAAAGACGACAGUUUUAUUUAGCAGAUGGAAUUUAUGGUCAGAAAUAUGUAAAAAAGCCAAAGCUAGUCAAAAAUAGUAAUCCAGUAAGAUCUUUUGCAUCAGCGUUCAGUGAGGAUCGCUCCGUAAAUGAAGAUCAUUUCGUGGAUGCUAAUCGAGGAUCAAGUACAGGACCAGUCGAAACAAUCACAGGGGAUUUAUCGAAUGAACACGGAAAUGAUACGAAUGUAGAUGAUUUGUCAGAGUAUGAUUCAUUUGAGAUUGAAUCAGAGUUAUCAGAAAAUGAGCAAUCUAGUGAAGGGUUUGAAGAGGCGGAAAAUUUACCCAAGUUCAUUUCUUCAUGCAACAGAAAAUUGUUCGCAGCUAAGUCAAACUUAACUGUAGACGAUGUGCUGUUUAUGGUUAUCAACUACUAUGUACGGCAUAGCUUAACGCAAACUGCAGUGGAAGAUUUGUUGAAACUGCUCAACAUGAUCUCUGGAGUGAAAUUGCUUCCUGAAACUUUCCAGUCGUUCAUUUCGCAUUAUCAAACUAACCCCUACAACUCUUCACGUAUAGUCUACUGCAGCAACUGCCAAUUCGAUUAUGGACCUACAUCGCCUAAACCUGAUUCAGAAUGUCCAAUUUGCGGAUCGAAGACCAAGGAUUUUUUCAUUACAAUUCCUAUUGAGCAUCAAGUUCGGGAGCUUGUAAUUGAACAUUCAAAAACAAUUGAGGAAUACGAGCAUUACAUAGAAGAGCAUAAAAUUGCAGAUGUUAUGCGAGGAGCAGUUGCUCAACAAAUAAUUCAGCAAGAUACUCGACCGUGCCUAACUUUGAGUGCAAAUACCGAUGGAGCAGCAACUUUUCGAAGUACUACUCAGAAACCGCUGUAUCCCGUAUUUCUUACAUUAAAUAAUCUGGCCCCAUAUUUGCGGUUUUCAAAGCAUAAUCUGAUUCUCGGAGGUGUGUGGCUUGCAAAGGCGAGCCUAAUACAAAUUCAUUAUUCCAAUAUUUGUGUGUCGAGUUACGGCGGUUGGAACACGAUGGUCUCACGAUUGGCUCUUUCACAUAUUCCGUUUCAUUAA